AUGGUUGACUUCAAACUUUCUCCUGCUCAGCAAGAAGCCCGACGCCAUGCUCAGGCCUUCGCCAACACAAUCCUCACCAAAGCUGCAGUAGAGUACAACGCCCAGAAAGACCAGUUCUCUCGCUUUCAGGCUACCAGACCCUUCUACAGGGAAGCUGUUCGCCAUGGUCUGAUCAAAGCUCAAGUUCCCAUUCCUCUUGGUGGAACUAUGGAGGGUCUUGUUCACGAGAGCAUCAUCCUUGAAGAGCUCUUUGCAGUGGAACCUGCUACUUCACUCACCAUUGUCGCUACUGCGCUUGGUCUGAUGCCUUUGAUUCUUAGUGAUUCAACUGCCCUGCAGGAGAAGUUCUUGAAGCCCUUCAUCUCUGGCGAGGGUGAGCCUCUGGCCAGUUUGAUGCACUCUGAGCCUGGUGGAACGGCGAAUUGGCUGCAGAAGGGAGGCCCAGGUCUUCAGACCACAGCUAGAAAGGUUGGAGAUGAAUGGGUAAUUAACGGUGAAAAGCUCUGGCCCUCUAACAGUGGUGGCUGGGACUAUAAAGGGGCUGAUCUUGCGUGCGUCGUUGUCAGAAUCUCAGACGAUCCAUCCAAGCCUCAAGAUCCCAACGUAGACCCGGCAACUCAGAUUGCUGUCCUCUUGGUAACUCGAGAGACUAUCGCCAAUAACAAGGAGGAAGCCUACCAGGUCCUGGGCGAACCUGAACUUGCCGGCCAAAUCACCGCAUCUGGUCCCCACACUCGCUUCACCGAGUUCCGUGUUCCUCACGAGAAUCUUCUUUGCACCCCUGGUCUCAAGGCACAAGGACUGAUCGAGCAAGCCUUUGCCAUGUCAGCUGCUCUCGUUGGCGCCAUGGCGAUAGGAACUGCCCGCGCAGCCUUCGAAGAAGCUCUCGCCUUCGCCAAGUCCGAUACUCGCGGUGGCUCCAAGCCCAUCAUCGAGCAUCAGAGUGUAGCUGACAAGCUUAUCGACUGCAAGAUUCGCCUUGAGACCAGCCGUUUGCUUGUGUGGAAGGCGGUUACCACUCUCGAGGAUGAGGCUCUUGAAUGGAAGGUCAAGCUUGAGAUGGCUAUGCAAACAAAGAUCUACACCACUGAUGUUGCGGUCGAGUGUGUCAUUGAUGCUAUGAAGGCAGUUGGUAUGAAGGCCUAUGCAAAGGACAUGUCUUUCCCGAGGUUGUUGAAUGAUGUUAUGUGUUAUCCGUUGUUUGAUGGAGGAAAUGUUGGUCUGAGACGACGACAGAUGCAGCGUGUUAUGGCUUUGGAGGACUAUGAGCCUUGGGCAGCGACUUAUGGACCCUCCAAGAUUGAUAAGUCACGUCUAUGA